AUGGCGGUGUACCAAGAUCAGAUAUACGUUAGUGACAACGACAUUAUUGGUGCAGUAGCGGCAUUGCUGGAGGAUCACAGACAACACUGCCUAGGCCGCCGCCUCAACAGGACAAGUGGGACAAUGAUGACAACAACUAUGAGGAUCUUUGGGAUGGAAAAGGAGUAUUUGAGCUCUGACACAACAUGUCAAGCUGAUGAGAAUGAAGAUGUAAAACAAGAGUGGUUCAUAUCAGAGUUUCUAAAUGACAUCAAAUGUUCGGGACUACUCAAUCAUAAGUUGACUUUGAAGCCAGGAGUCGCUGUAAUGCUACUGCGAAACAUAGACCAGACUUCAGGUUUAUGCAACGGGACAAGAUUAAUAGUUAACAAACUUAGCAGCAACGUAAUUGGAGCGACGGUAGUGAGCGGUAGAAAUAUUGGAGAUAAAGUGUACAUUCCAAGAAUGAACUUGAUCCCUUCAGAUUCAGGAUUGCCAUUUAAGUUCCAACGGAGACAAUUUUCAUUAACAGUAUGCUUUGCAAUGACCAUUAACAUGAGUAAGGAUCAAUCAUUAUCACAUGUACGGCUUUAUUUGCCAAAAUCAAUGUUCAUCUAUGGACAACUUUAUGUUGCUUUGUCAAGAGUUAAGAGUCACAGUGGCCUUAGGAUUUGA